CUUUGUAUAAAAGGAAGCACUGAAUCCCUAAAAUAUCACAGCAUUCCUCAAAUCAGAAUAGCAGCAAUGGGGAUUUGUACAGUUCAGCCCAUCCCUCUCUCGAAACUUCCUAACGCUUCCUCUUUUCUCCCUAAGCCCUCUCUUUCUCACAGAGUAUCCCUUCUCACUCCCACCGUCACACUUUUUUCUCGAUCUAUUUUCUUGACAAACUUGUUGCCAAGGGCUAUACCUUCUGAAGAAAUAUCCAGUGGGGCAAGUCAAUUUUUCAAUGAGAAACGCGAUGUUGUGAUAACCCUGGAGGAUGGUAAAGCUGAUGAUAAAAACGAGUUGGAGAAAACGCUGAACGAAAACGCAAAGACAGAGUUACCCGAAGAAGGACUGGGCUUGUCUUUUGAUUUGCUGGAUAAGUUCAAUUUUGACACAAAUGACACUGGUUCCAUUGUCUUGUAUGGAGGUGGUGUCUUGACUGCUCUGUGGCUAACAACCGCCGUUGUGGGUGCAAUUGAUUCUAUCCCAUUGUUUCCUAAGUUGCUGGAAGUUGUCGGGCUUGCAUACACAGUAUGGUUUACUUCCCGUUAUCUGCUUUUCAAGCAAAGUAGAGAUGAACUGGCUACUAAAAUAGAGGAGGUAAAGGAGCAAAUUUUUGGUUCAGAAGAUAAUUGAUUCUCCCAAACGGAUGUAACAUUUGUGUUGCCACUUCAUGAUUGUACAGUAACAGUUACUUUUGGUUUAGUUGGGGGAGUGUGAUAUUAGUCUGCCCCGCACUGAGCCAUUACUCUAUAUGCAGCAUACAGUUAGUGUUGGUUGAGAAUUAAAAAUAUAGCCAGCAAGGUAUUUUUGCC